ACUCCCGAAGCCGACCACCACGCGCAGCACUACAGGUACGGCUGAGCAAGAAACUACGUCGUUCUUCGACUGCUCCUAGGGUUUUCUCAUAUCGCUCUGCCUGCCUGAAAGAUAUCUCUCUCAGCUUGCAUCUAAGUGAAAAUGACACGUUCGAAAGCUUCUUCAAAGCAGCAAAAGCGUGGAGUCGACUUCAAGAAAAUAAAGCGAAAGAUUGGCAGGAAAUUGCCGCCGGCGAAUAAUGCUACGAAUACUGAAAUUAAAUUCAAAGCAAUUAUUCUUCCUGAGCAGAGUGUGGCGUCAGAAAAGGAAGGUUUAGCUGUGAACAAGAAAGGUUUGACUUUGAAAGAACUUCUUCAACAAACAUCCCAUCACAACCCAAAAGUUCGUAGAGAUGCAUUGAUGGGUAUUAAGGAUUUAUUCCGUAAACAUCCAGCAGAGCUGAGGUUGCACAAAUAUCCUGUCGUAGAGAAACUGCGUGAACGAAUUGGGGAUGAUGAUAAAGUGGUUCGAGAAACACUAUAUCAACUUUUUAAGUCAGUGAUAUUCCCUACCUGUAAAGAGGAUAAUCAAGAGCUUUUCAUUUCCUUAAUAAUGGCAUAUAUUUUUAAUGCAAUGACACAUUUAGCAAUUGACGUUCGGUUGAUGGCGUUCAAAUUUCUUGACCUUGUUGUCGAGAAUCAUCCACUGUCUUUUUUCUUGUAUGCUGAAAAGAUUCUUCAAAAUUAUGGGGACAUUCUACGGAACAACCAGUUCUAUUUACAGGACAAGGGAAAACUCAAGAAUGUUCUUGCUGGCUUGCUGCUAUGCUUGUCACUGGUGCCAUGUAAUAACAAAGAAGUUGACUCAUGUGAAAAAAAUGAUGCUGGACAAGGAAUGUUACAUGUUUUUGAGCCUGAUGUGUCUACAAAAUCUGCUGGGUUUCCUCUCAUCAUCAAGAAACUAAAGGAUCUUGUGCCAGUUUUAAUCAAUUGUUUCCAAGAUUUUAUUCCAUCGGCUCAUACCAUGCCACUUCUUGAUGCACAGUCAUUUGAUUGUCUGUUAUGUAUACUUCAGAGCAUAGAUAUUACAUUCAGAUUUUUUAUUUAUGGGACUGACAAGGGUAAAUCAGAAUAUCAACUUCUUCAAGGACAAUCUGAUGUGACAGUGUGGGAUGAAAGUAUCUCGUCAUUGUUAAUGAAGAAGAUACUACUAGUGUUUCCCCUCAAUCCGACGUGGCAGCUUUCAGAAAAGGAUGACGACAGAUAUUUUAUCUUGAACGUUCUGAUUAUGGGAAUACUUUUGCAAUUCAGUGAAUGGAUCUCUCCUCCUGCUGUGUUGGAGAAAUUUCGAGAGAAAUUUCUAGAGUUUAUAGAAAAUGCGCUGCUUAGAAAGAUUUGUAAUGGCACAAGGUUUGGUAAAGGAGUCUGGGAAAAACAUUUACUUUCACUUUUUCCAUUUUUUCCGAAACUUUUUUCACAAGUGGAGAGCAAUUGGAGAUCUCGUCUUCUUCAGGUAUUUACCAAGACUUUCAGGAAGCUUGAGCCUUCAUUGGAAUUGGAAUGCCUUUCUACAAUUGAAGAUAUGAUUAUUCUUGUAUUUACCAAGACUUUCAGGAAUCUUGAGCCUUCAUUGAAAUUGGCAUGCCUUUCUACAAUUGAAGAUAUGCUUAUUCCUAAAGAGAAAAGGCUGUGCCUAGAAAUAUUAGAGCAUCGGAUUGGUUGGAUAAGAGAGCUCCCUCACUUGCUAAUCUUGCUAGAUGAUACGCAUCCAUCUUGUACCCAGGCUGUGUUGCAUCUGCAACUUCGCCUUGGACAAUGUACUCUGGUGGACUCUUCAUUUGCAAGGGAAUAUGACAACAUGCAGCACUCAUUGCUAAAGUUUUACAGCACAUGUCAAGAUGAUGGAAAUAUAUGUUAUGGUCCUUUCAUAAGGCUUCCUAGAGAUUCUCAGGAACUCUCUCUGUGUUGCCUUUAUUACUUCUCUAAUUUGGAUUCACCUUUGUUGAAGUCAAUAGCUUCUUGUUGCUUAAGUCCGGAUUUGGAGCAAUUUAUAUUAUUUCGAAUCAUAGAGGUCCUGCAUUCGGCAUAUACUGCAGGACAUAUCAAAAUUACUGACCAUAUCAGUUUCUUCAUCACUUUGCUCUUGCGUUUCAAAGUUUUCCCCGGAAACGUGUAUUCUAUUUUAGAGAGUGAUACAAAGAUCAGAAACCGAGGAACAUUUAAGUUACUCACCAAUGUUGUUUGCUCAAACCUGUCGCAGAUUGGUGAUAAUUCUCUUGUUUUUCAAAUACUAGAGAAAGUAACACUUGAACAGAUAUUACUAAAGCCACCUCUAGACAAUGCUUGUGCGAUGCUCAGAAUGCUUGCUAUGCUGGAUUCCAAACCCACAAGACUUUCUGAGCAAAGUGUUAUUACUCUAAGCAAUUUCCUUUUAGGAUAUCUGAUUGAUGUUGUGCAUUGCAUUCAAGAGGAUCAUGAAGAGCCCAAUGUCUCCAUUCCUACACUCCGUUAUUAUCUCAUACCUUGCUUUUUCUUCUUUGAUAGAAGUCGCAAACUUCUGGAUCUUGUGUUGAAGAUGAUGGGGUCAUUGAUAACUGACAGUAGUUCGUCGCUUUUUCCUCCUAAAUAUGCAACAGACUGUUCAAGUAGAAUCAACGCCAUUGUUUCUGUCCUUAUAUUGAUGCACAAGGAUGUUAAAGUUCAGCAAAUUAUCUCUUCACUCAAGCCAGAAAUUGACCAUAUAUUACAAAAAAUACUAUCUUUCCAGUCUUCGGAGGCAAUCAGCAUGACAAUGGAAGAAAGGCAUAAAAUACAGUGUGCCUUUGAUCAACUAAAAGUCCUAACAAGUACAUCAGCCAAUGGGACGCCUGCAAUCUAGAAUGAUGUUUGUAAAUUAAAAUCUUACCCUACAAUAUUUAGUGUUGUUGAGGGAGUUCUUAGAGAUAACAAGCAGUCAAGGAGAAUGCAUUAGUUAUGAUAUCGGAGAAUGGAAUAUGCAUCAGCUUUGGCUCAUGAAAACCUUGUUUUUAUUGUAAAUAUAGCCAUAUAGGCAUCGGACACCCAAGUGCUAGUCUCCUGUCUGCAAUUUUGAGUUACAUAGACAUCUACUUGUCUUUUGAAUUUUCAGGUUGAGAGCUAAAUCAUUACGGCAAUCUUAAAUUGUAUACUUCAAAAAAUAAGUCUUUCUUUUU